CAGACACACACACUGCAGACACACAUUCAACCUGUGGAAUUGGGGAAACUUCAAGUUAAGGGGUUAUGUCUUCUACGCAACUUUGGAAAAUAUUGUAUUUAAGAGUUAAAUACAUACACUAAAGUAAAAUGGUUUCUUUCAGAGUUAUUAUAUUUUUACCAUAAAACCUGGCAUAUAACUUUUACAUUUGACUGGGUCUGACUUGGAUUUACCGAAGCGUUCAGAAGUUGUUGUACAUGCUGCCUUUGACGCAGAAAGCCGAGCUGUGGACUUGGAGACUUUUCAGAAUCAGAAAUUAUGAAGACCAAUUUUACGAACAUUUUUUGUUGGAUAAUAUUGCAUAAUGCGUGAAUGAUUUUCGAUUUCUUUCAAAGUAGGCCUAGCUGCUUUAGCUUUCAGUGAGAACAAGGAGCUCAUUUGGAGAAAACAAAAUUGAAAUUUAUUGAAACCGCACUUCAGGGACACGCUUUCUACAAACUGGACAUACAAUGACAAGCUGUUGGUUUGCCUUUGUGGGUUUGUGGUGGAGCGCUUAUUGCAUGUUCCUUAUUGCAGGUAGCAAUUAUUUAUUCGAUGGGAACAACGAGGUGCACCCGAGUUUCAUUCACCGGCGGUUGCGGACUCACGAAAAGAGAGAGAUGCAGAAGGAGAUCCUCUCCAUCCUUGGACUUCCACACAGACCCAGACCGCAUCUGUCACAUGGAAAGUACAACUCCGCUCCGCUCUUCAUGCUGGAUCUUUACAAUACGAUAUCAAGCGAGGAGAAAAACGAAGUGGAGGGCAUGUUGGAACAGUCCCAGUCCAUGUACACCACCCAAGGUCCUCCUUUGGCAACAUAUCAGGAGAAUGCCUUCCUAAAUGACGCCGACAUGGUGAUGAGCUUCGUCAAUUUGGUGGAGGCCGAUAGAGAGAUGUCGCCACACAGACUGCACCACAAGGAGUUCAAGUUCAACCUGUCCCAGAUCCCUGAGGGAGAGGCCGUCACCGCUUCCGAGUUCCGCCUCUACAAGGAGUGUGUGAGCCGGACCUUCCGCAACGAGACCCUCCUGCUCAACGUCUACCAAGUGGUACAGGAGCACCCCAACAGGGAAGCAGACCUGUUCCUGCUGGAGUCUAGCAGGCUGUGGGCAGCCGAGGAGGGCUGGCUGGAGUUUGACAUCACAGCCACCAGUAACCUGUGGGUGAUGAGUCCCCACAACAACAUGGGCCUCCAGAUCAGAGUGGAGACCAGCAGCGGGCGGAGCAUUAGCUCCAAGGAGGCGGGGCUAGUUGGGCGUGACGGAGCGCUGGAGAAGCAGCCCUUCAUGGUGGCCUUCUUCAAAGUCAGCGAGGUGCACAUCCGCACCGCCCGCUCCACCAACAAGCGCAACAAGAACCGCAACCGCCCCACCCAGCCCCAGGAAGGAGGCUCCAGGGGCCCAAGCCCAGCAGAAUACAACAGCAGUGACCAGAAGACGGCCUGUAGGAGACAUGAGCUCUACGUCAGCUUCCGGGAGCUGGGCUGGCAGGACUGGAUCAUUGCACCUGAGGGCUACGCAGCCAACUACUGUGACGGAGAGUGCUCCUUCCCCCUCAACGCCCAUAUGAAUGCCACCAACCAUGCCAUUGUGCAGACACUGGUCCACCUCAUGAACCCGGAGAACGUACCCAAGCCCUGCUGCGCACCCACCAAGCUGCACGCCAUCUCCGUGCUCUACUUCGAUGACAACUCCAACGUCAUCCUGAAGAAGUACAAGAACAUGGUGGUGAGGGCCUGUGGCUGCCACUGACAACCGCCAAACUGCCGCGUCAUCAUGGUCACCUGCUCAUGUCAAAGGUCACAGCGGAGACUGUGUGCACACGACAUCCUGGGCCUGCCUGUUUGUGAGUGGGUGUUGUGUGUGUGUACUACCCUCUCCUCUCCCGUACUCAGGGCGAGGGCGGAACUGAUAAUAGACCAGACCAACGUGCUGCUUCCCCCCCCUCCCCUCCUCUCAAAACUAAGUGGUGUUCAAGUUCUCAGACAGCUAAUGGCUCAUUACAGCAAAACAACUCGAUGGCAUCGGGGAAUUGACUCAAUGUUAUCUCAACUGUUACAUGACGUCAGAUGUAGUCAAAUGACACAAAACAUGUAGAAAUCCUUUUAUAGGACCGCAGGGGAAAAGCAUUAGCCUAACUACACCAUUUUUAAUAGAGAUGUAUAUUGUGUGACUAACCAAAGCCUGAUUUUAACAUGAACAAUCUGCUGAAAUAUUCAUGAAAUCUAUGCCACAAUACAUUACAGUUAAUGUAAAGAGA